AUGCGGAGGGAAGAGGAAGAGAAAAAUUGGACCGUGGAUCCAAUUAUUGCUGAAGAAAUGCGACAACAAAGUUCACGGGCUAGAGAAGAAUGGUUGCUUCGUUUAGAGCGAGAAGAACAAAAAGAAGAAGAACGAUGGCGGCAGGAAAAGCUAAAAAGAGCGUCGGCGGCUAGAAUACAACGAUUGCGGCCUUGCCAGCGACAAGUACCACGUCCAGUACCGGUACCACGUCCAGUACCGGUACCACGUCCAGUACAGGUACCACAUCCAGUACCGGUACCACGUCCAGUACCAGUACCAGGAGUACUUGUUGAUGCACCAGGUCCAUUAAUCAUGAUCGGCUACAAAAUAACAUGCAUUCCGAAUCAACAAACACGCGGAGAAGUUCAAACAAACCUACGACUAGAAUUUGACAGUGAUCCUGAUAACCGCAUGGUUUAUAUGAUUGUCGCUGAAGUAGCUGCAACAUCUACACAUAGUCGACAUAUGAUUGUACAAGUUAUAUACAAGAACGAAAUGGUGUUUGAUCAAAAUAAAUUACAAAGAGCCUUCGAUUUUAGAGGAAAAAUUACAUGCAAGAAAAUUCAUUUUAACUGGAAAUUUAAUCAGGCUCUCAGAAUCAACAGAAAAGUAAUUGAAUAUGGCUCCGUAAACGACAUACCACGUCAUGUUGAAGCGCCUUGGAAACAGGAAGAGGGCAUGGAUGAUAGUUUCUUAGAUCAAAUGGAUUCAAAAGAUUUAGAUGCGAUAGACCGAACACUGAAGGAAGCUCUAAUACCUUCUCAACAAACGAUAGAAGACGAACUAGACCUUAGUUUCCGUUUGCUUGAUGAGUUGAAUGAUUCAGGAUUAGCUGGUUCAACCACGAGCGAAACUAAUGACGAUCAUGGUAACCAAACACAUGAUAAUGUAUACUCAGCUGUCCGACAACUGACAAGCACUAUUGUGACUGAAUGCGUAAAGCGUACAGAAAAAUAA